AUGUCUCAUAAAUUUGCAUUAGAUGUUGUACUAAAUACUUAUGUGGCAACAGUUGAAUGUUUAAAUGUUAUUCGUAGUGAAUCGGGUGACAAAAAAGCUGGUUCAGAAGCUGGAGGUUUUUUAAAUUAUUUUCAGUCAACAAGAUUUGUCUAUACAGCUUAUAGUUUUAAAGUUCUGCUUCAAAUUCUCGAGCCUGUAUCAAAGGAAGCAUUCAAAAUUAUUUUGGCUGAAUCUGAAGCAUUAAUGGAUUCAAUGCAAAAUAUUGAAUUUCAGCCACUCCUAGAAAGACAUGCUAGAAAAAGAAAAAUCAUGUUCGAUGAACAAACACCAGAUGAGACAAUCAGUGACCCUAUAGUUAAUUUUCGGGUAAAUACUUAUUUUGCUUCUGUGGAUCUUAUUUUGUCUGAAUUAAAUAGACGAUUUCUUGACAAUAAUAAUGAAAAUGUAGAACAAAUAUCAAGAUUUAUCUCUUCUAUCAAAAAAAUGAAUGAAAGAAUUAAAAAAGUCAUUUGUGAUGAAUAUUUAAAUUUCAUCCAAUGUUUUGAUGUUUUUCUUAAAACUGAUGAGUUGCCAAAAUAUUUACAUAGUGAUAAUGAGAUAGCUAAAGAUUCAGAUUCUGAAUUAGAAACGGAAAAUUAUGAUAACGAUGUUGAUGAUGAUAGUGAUUCUUUAAAAAAUGAAAUUGAAAAUCAUGGAAGUUUGUCACCAGUAUUCAGGGUUUUUAUGCGCAAUGGUCUUCAUACACUAUUUCCAAAUAUUUAUAUUUUGUUGAAGCUAUCUUUGACCUUGCCAGUUGGAAGUGUAUCAACUGAAAGAAGUUUUUCAAAGUUGAAACUCAUCAAAACUAGACUAAGAUCUACUAUGGAAAAUGAUCGAUUAGAGGGACUAAUGAUUAUGUCCUGUGAAAAUGACAUAAACAUUAAUUACGAAGAAGUUAUUGAAAAUUUUAAACCCAAACAAUGUGGAAAAUUCCAAUUUUCAUCGAAGGCUACAGAAACAUUUUUCCAUUCAUCUUUAUUAGAUGGCAUCUAA